CGUGUGGCAGGGAUGGAUUUGUACUGAGAUCUGGUUGCGGUGUUGUGUCGCAUUUUAUAGCAGUAAAUGGCACGGCGUUGAUAAUAGAACCCGGUGCUCACUCAGAAACAAAUUCCGGGUUGGUAUGCAGUGGACAAUUGGCGACCCUUAGCCUGGACAGUGCUGCUUUGAUGGGCGCCCAUCGUGCAUACCACAUUGCCAUAGGCGGCUGCGGGGCUGAACCAUGCUGCCCAGCGUGAAGUAUGGUCAAAUGAAGGUGCUGUAUAUAAGUCUCGUCAACUGGAGAUCCCCGUGGUGGUCGGCACUGUUGAUGGUUCACAUCUGCUCAGUGUUUAUGGAAACACCUGAUCUUGUUGUCUUCAUCCACAAACCGCAUCACGCGGGUGGACAAAACCGGCGCCCGCCGUCACAAACAGCCAGCUGCAGUCGUAACACCGCGCGCACCACCACCGCCGCCACACCACCACUGCCCCGAGCUGCAAGGAGAUCCAGGAGAACGGCCAGGGCGAGGCUGCCGUCAACCCCGCAUCGCCGCCUUUUCAUCGCAGAGGGCCACAGCAGUGUUCCAGACGUUCUGUGCAGGGGAUACGCGUCGGCAAGCAGCAAAGAUUUACCGCAAUGAUCCCAAUGCGCGGCCGCACAGACAGCAUCAUCAACAUGACAUCGCGACCCAACAUGAAUGCGCUUUGCAGACCGAAGGACAAUGAGCUGCUGGAGGCGGCUCGGCACAACGACGUGAAAGCCAUCGAGAGGCUGCUGGUCACCGAGAAGGUGAACCCCUUGGCCAGAGGGGAGCUGGGAGAGACCGCCCUGCACAUGGCGCUCCUCUGCGACAGCCAGGAUGCGGCGAUGAUGCUCAUCCACAGGAUUCCACCACUGCUGAACCAGCCCAUCACCUCUGACAUGUACCAAGGCCAGACGGCGCUGCACAUCGCCGUGAUGAACCAGGACGUGCAGAUGGUGCGCGAGCUCCUCUCCUGUGGCGCCGACCUCCACUCCCCGCGAGCCACGGGCUCCUGCUUCACGUCGGCUGACGGCAGCAGCUGCUACUACGGAGAGUUCGUGCUGUCGUUCGCCGUGUGCACGGGCAACGGGGAGAUCGUGAGACUCCUCGUCAAGAACGGCGCCACCUUAAAAGCGCAAGACUCGUUGGGGAACUCGGUGCUGCACGUGCUGGUGCAGCACCACGAUGCCGAGAUGGUGCGCUCCAUGUACGACCUGCUCUCCGAGCUGGUGCAGCCCGACGAGUGGUGCCAGAUCGAAAGCCUCGCCAACUCCGAGGGCUACACGCCGCUCAAGCUCGCCGUAGCGCUGGGCGACGACGCGAUGUUCAGCUACCUGGUGGAGAGAAGGAAAAAGGUGUACUGGACCAUGGGUACCAUCUCCUAUACCGUGUACGACCUGCGCGAGAUCGACACAUGGGGAGACCAGCGCUCAGUCCUCGACAUAAUCACCUCCAGCUCUAAGAAGAAGGUGCAGAGCAUGAUUGACCUGCGGCCCGUGAAGGACCUGCUCAACCACAAGUGGAACUCCUUUGGCUUCAACUACUUCCUCAUCUGGAUGUUCUCCUACAUGUUCUAUGUCAUGGUGUUCACCAUCUGCUGCCUCUACCGACCCUUGAAGCUCAUCCCGCCAGAGUUGUCCGACAACAUCACCAUCAUGGCCCUCAAGGAGAUGCACGAGGCCUACUCCACCAAGGAGGACUUCGUGCGCCUGCUCGGGGAGAUCAUAACAGUGAUGGGGGCGGCCGUCAUCCUCUACCUGGAGGUGCCGUACAUCAUUAAAAUCGGGCCCAAGAAUUACUGCAAAAACACAGUGAUCGGAGGACCCUUCCCAGUGCUCAUGGUCUGCUACUCAUGCCUGAUCGCCAUCAUUGUGGUGCUGCGGGUGAUGAGUCACGAAGGGGAAUCGAUCGCCAUGUCCCUGGCGCUCGUACUCGGCUGGUGCAACACGCUGUACUUCGCCCGUGGCUUCGAGCUGCUGGGCCCCUUCUCUAUCAUGAUCCAGAAGAUUAUAUUCGGCGACCUCAUGCGCUGGUGCUGCCUGCUGGUGAUCUGCGUGUUCGGCUUCACCGCCGGCUUCUACGUCGUCUUCCAGACGCUCGACUCCAGGGUCUACCCCAAUUUCCAGAACUUCGCCGUGACCUUCUUCACGGCCAUCGAGCUCAUGAUGGGACUCAUCGAGUUGCCUGUGCCCUACGACCGGCACACGCCCUACAUCAUCUACGUCAUCUUCAUUUUCUACAUGAUCUUCGCAUACCUGCUCAUGUUGAACCUCCUCAUCGCCACCAUGGACGACACCUUCUGGCGAGUGGCUCACGAGCGCAUGGAGACCUGGAAGAUCCAGAUUGCGGCGAGCACGCUGCUGUUGGAACGCCGCAUACCCAGGUCCCUGCGCCACCGCUCCGGCGUGCCGGGGAAUUUGCUCGGCUACAACAAAAACAUCUGGUACCUCGGGGUCGAGGAGAUCAAGGAUAAGAAGGCGUCCGCUGGACAGGAGGCCAACUGGCGCAGGAAGAACAAUGGCGGCGGCAUGGACAACAAAGAUGGGCCCAGCCACUGGGGGGAGGAUGCCUUCAAAGAGAUGGACUCCGACCUUAAAAUGGUGGUGUGUCGCUGGGACACCGUCCGACAGAACCUGGCCAAGAUCAUCGUCAUGAGUCGUCAGGACGAGACGGUGUUCUGAGCUCGGAGGCGCAUUCGAGGGGUGUCCCACCGCAUGUCACGGGAUAGUCACUAAGUAGAUGCGCUUCUGCGGCUUAUAAGGAACGCUCUUCCAUGCGCUAUUAGGAAGCUACUGGGAACUAUGCACUUUUCAAUUAUCUAGCUUGAAAACUAAUUUCUUUAGAAAUGCUUUUUGUGUUUUGUUUGUUGUCCUUCCCCCGCACCUCCGAUUAACAUAGUUGGCUACGUACAGUGCGAAAGAAGUUCAGCGUACAUACAUAAGCAGCUUUGUUUACGCUCAACGGGCAUCGGUUUUCACGUAGGAAUGCUGAUGAUAUUCACCCAUCCUCGCCCGUAGAAUCACGCGGCACGUGCACAAUCACUCGAGGUUUGUCUCGUUUAACCGGGGCCUGAACUCGAGGGAGGAGGAUCGUCUCGUUUGCAAGAGGCCCCCGGGUCACCCAAAUGGCAAAAGCAAUAGGAGAUAAAGUACAAUGAGGCAAAUAGGAAUUUGAGCAAUAACAGAAUAGAUUUGAAAAAAAUACGCAAAUAUUUACAGAGAUCCAAAACGUCACUCGGUUUCAAACGGAAGUGUGAGCAACGUAGAUCGGGGCAGGGAGCGGUGGCGCUGUGGCGAGCGCCCUCCACCGUGAACCCAUCCUCAGCUAUGACUAAUAUUGGUGGCAAGUAAGGGCCCAGCCAGUCCUGGGCCUCCGCUUCACCGUCCUGCGAUAACCAGCUUGGCAAAGUAUAGUCAAAGAACUCCCCAGGGAGGAAACCCUCACCUAGCAGUGGGAGCGGCGGUCAAUGUUACAGUUAAUGCCACUUGCUUUGACGAAAUCACAGCUGUCCCAAGUCGGUGUGGAGGAGUGGCUCCUGACCUCCGCUGGAGCCGUUGAUCGCUGCCAGCCUUGAACAAUUUAUUAAGCGGGCCACCGUGCGACGACACGCGCACGUUGCCACGCGAAAGCCGUCGCCUCCGGUUCCGUGGGGCACUUCCCAACGCUGUGGCGCCGACCACGCGGCGAUCAGAAUGCAGGGUUGGCCUUAGUUGGCGUCCAGUGUGAACUUUGCAUUUGGCCUCCUAGUUUUUUAGUGAAGGAUAAAGGUUUCAGUGAAAGCUCGGUCUGCAGUUUUCACAUUUUUUUAUUGAAUUCAUAGGGCACGAACACAAACGUUAGAGAAACAUUCAAAAGGAGAUGCUCGGUGUCUCUUGGCAUGGCACACUGCCAUUGCCGGAUGUGACGGUGACCCACACGCAGGCGAUUGUCACACGCAGUCAGCGGUGGCAGCAGCAGGCCCUCAGUGCUGGUGAACUCCCAGGUAGAGAGGAGGGCCACACACCCCUCUCCGCACGCUUAUUAAGGCGGCAACAGCGCAAGAAAUUACUCGGCAGCAGCGGCAGCUCCUCAUCCUAUUAAAGAGGCAAUAGAAGACCUGGAUUGGAAUUGACACGAAGAGCCGUUUGUAAAAAAGGGACUUUGUAAAUAUGUCCCACGGUGACAUUCUCUUGUCCUUGUCCGCAACGGAAGGCGCGAUGGUAACACUUGUGCCUCACAGCGACGGGCGCCUGGGUUCGAUUCCCUACUUUGGCGAGCGUUUCCGUGUAAAGUUUGUACAUUCGCACCUAGUUCUGCUUGGCUUUCCCCGGGUUAUCUGAUUUCUCGUACAGUUACAAAAGACGUACAAUGUGCAAUUAAUGGUCUUGGUCAAAUCAUCCCCAAUUAUCAAAAAUUACCUCCAAAUUACUCAAUUGGGAUCACGCAAACAGCAUCAACAUCGCCUCCCUAUUGCGAAAAAAAACUCGGCAGGUGCCUCUUGAAAUAGAGCCUUGAGACUUGGUGAGGCGUCUCUGGGUAAACAAGCAGAAUAAAACAAAUGCAUUCUCACGCGGAGUUUGGGAGAUGUCACGUAAUAAUAUUUGCAUGCAUGGUGCUUUGCAUGCGUUUCACCUUGUCUCAAAUCCCGUCAUGCUUUUGCAAAAUAAAUUGCGGUUCA